AAUGUCGUUUACAUAUUUUUUUUCUCUUUGCCAUAAAUCAGUUGGCAGCUCCACUUUCAGGUUUGACGAACAACAAUUUGGAACAUUUUAGUAUUUUUUUUCCGUUUGGUCUUCUUAUGUCGUACAUUCCAGAAUGCUAACUAGCAAGCUAACAUUAGCCCGUGGUAACAUGUCUGUCGUACGGAUGCUGUAUUUUAGUUGAACAUCAGUAGCGUUAAUGACACACUGAGAGUGGGGUCAUUUUCGGGGAGGACUUUAUAUUUCUCGUAUCAUUGUUCGAGUACACCGUCAGAAGUGACCCGCCAUGCCUACAGUGGUUCUAAUGGACGUGUCCCUGUCUAUGACACGGCCAGUGUCCCAGGAUGGCGGCGAGGAGCUUCAGAGGAAGAACCUGGCCGUACACGGCCUCAACAUGUUGUUUGAACACAUGGCUUCCAACUAUCGCCUUGAGUUCACAGCACUGAUGGCCUUCUCCUCCCUCUGGGAGCUGUUGGUCCCUUUCACCCGAGAUUACAAUGCUUUGCAGGAGGCAAUUAGCAGCCUGGAAGACUACGAUAAGACGUGUAUUGAAUCAGCUCUUAAUGGAGUUAAUAAUGUAGUCCAACAGGAAUGGGGCAAUGGUUGUCCCUGCCAGGUGGUGCUAGUUACUGAUGGAUCUCUUGGUAUUGGGAAGGGCUCCCUUCGACACUCUCUUCAAACCCUGAAGCAGCGAGAAGAAGACAAAAAGUUCCCGCUACCUUUUCCUUUUCCAACCAAAAUGUUCAUCCUAUGUGUAGCUAAUGCAGAAGAGUUACAAGCCACUGAUGCCAUGGAAAACCUGGAGGAGCUACUUCGGCUCAGCGGAGGGGACGGACAGAUCUUCACUGUGGAUGGACCACUCUGCAUGAAGAGUGUACAAGCCAUGUUUGGGUUGCUGAUUGAUCACGCAUACUCUCCCUUCCAUGCGGUGCUGUACUGUGGGAAUCUGUCAUCAGACGUUCAGGUUUUCCCUCGUCCUGAGCCUGUCCUGGUGGACGAAGAGGUGGAGCCCAUACCCCGAACAGUCAGGGCAGAUCUGGAAAUUGUGGGCUUCAUUGAAAUUGCAGACAUUUCCAGCCCUCCUGUAAUAUCCAGACACUUGGUUCUUCCUAUUGCUGUAAACAAAGAUGUGGAUGAAAUGGGGACAGGAGCCACAGAUGAGCUUGAGGAGGAGCCUUCUGCCAGCCAAGUAGCAGGAAAAAGUCCCAACUUUUGUGUUCUACUACACGGAAGUUUGAAGGUUGAGGGAAUGGUGGCGCUGGUCCAGCUUGGGCCUGAGUGGUUCGGGAUGCUGUACUCUCAAGCAGACAGCAAGAAGAAAUCAAACCUGAUGAUGUCGCUGUUUGAGCCCGGGCCAGACCCGCUUCCUUGGCUGGGCAAAAUCACUCAUUUAGGUCCAGUUUCAGAAGCUGCUGAAAAUCCCUACGGAGAGGAUGACAGUAAAAGUCCUUUUCCUGUGCAGCCGCCAGCCAAGCGGAGCUAUGCUCAGAAUGUCACGGUUUGGAUUAAAGCCAGUGGAUUACAGACUGAUGUCCAGAAGAUCCUGAGGAAUGCCAGAAAAUUACCAGAUAAAAUGCAGACGUUUUAUAAAGAGCUGAACCGUCUGCGGAAAGCUGCCUUGGCGUUUGGUUUCUGGGAGCUCUUAAAGGGCGUGGCCGAGCUGCUGGAGAGAGAGUGCACCCUGCUGCCCGACUCGGCCCAUCCAGACGCUGCGUUCCAACUCUCCCACGCUGCUCGUCAGCUGAAACUGGCCAGCUCCACCGACUCCCAGUAUGCUGCUUUUGAGCACAACAUCGUCCCCAUGCGCACAGACUUUUCAAGCUGAGGCAAAAAAGGACCAAUCUGGUACAUUAAACUGUUGUAUCUGUAUGUAUUAGUUUACUGCGAGCUUUUUUACAUUUCUCUAUAAUUCCUUUUUGUUCACCAGAUUCAUACAUUACCAAAAAUGUCAGAAGUUUAAGGUUCUUUAAUAAACCAGCAAAGGAGUAAAUGGUGAUUAUGUUUCAUCAGUUGUUUUUGUUUAUAAAGCUUGUAAACAGAUUAAAACCCUGCAUUUGUUAACAAAUGUUUUCUUUCUUUGCUCUUAAACAGUCAACAGCAACAAUUUGUUUUAAUCAGCUGGGGCAACAAGAAAUGCUGCUUUUGACCGGAGCAGACAUUUGGGUGUUCUUCAAAAAGGGUUCAAAAGUAAACAAGCAGCAAAUUUUUAAUUUGCUUUCCUCUUCUUGGUGCGGAAACGCUUCUUCCUCUGCUUGUAAAGGUGGCGAAAGUUGAUAAAAAGCCCUAAAGGAUGGAAAAAGAUUUAACUGGUUACCAGAACGCAAAAUAGAGAUUUGACAAAAGGAGACUGAUGGCUGAGAUAAGCGUUUCUACUUCCUCACCCAAAAACAUAAAAAUCAGAUAGACGUGAAGGACGUAGGAGAAGCUGACUGAAGUACCGAUUACUUUCGGCAGAGGAAUGCGGAACAGUCUGGUUUCAUCGAAUAUGGGAAUGGACUGAAUCACUGCAACAGCUACAAGGAACAGACAGAUACAUUUUAAUAAAGGAAAAAGCAGUUCAAGCAAGCUACAUUAAAAUAACAAUUCAAAGGUCCUAGACCCACCCACUUAGUCAAAGAAUUUCAUGGUUACAGAAAAUGUCAACACCGGAUACAACAGAUACUGUCAAACAACCAUAGACAUAACCUUUGCUUAUGUUUUGGCCUGUAGCUGGCACCUCUUCUGCCAUAAUUCCUAAUGUAACAUGCCUCUGUACCUUUAACAAUUCAGUAUGCUAGCUAAUAUAGUGUGGUGUUUUUAUUGUGAAAAACAAGGCAGGUUUUAUCUUUCUUUGAUUAUACUUAACGUCACAAUUACAGCAACUCAGUGCCGCCAAGAAUCUGGGGAAACUCCAAAAACCAAGUCAAAACUAGCAGAACCCAGCCUGAACCGAACGUUGUUGGACGAGCUCUCGCUUCUCUGGCAGCUUGUAACACGCACACACACACUCGUACAUUAUGCAAGAAACAAACCGACCGCUCUGCCAACCAACAGAAGACUUGCUGUGUUCACAGUCAACAGGUCCAUCACCUAAACGUUUCCCGACAACAACAGAACUAGACUAAACAGAACGGGACACUGCCCAUUACACUAGCUAGCCCAGGUCUGGCUUCCAUUUCUGUAUGUAUUACGAUCCAAUCAUUGAGAACGGGACAUUCACAAUCACUGGACAAGGUAUUUCCAGGACUGAACGUUUCAGAGGCGAUUAAAAUGAUUGAAAUUCUUGACAAAAUAUUUAACUUGUUGGUUAAUAAUAAUAACAAUAAUGCAUUGAACUUAUAUAGCGCUUUUCUAGACACCCAAAGACGCUUUCACACACACUCACAUUCACACACUGCUAGUGAUGGUAAGCUACUUGUAGCCACAGCCGCCCUGGGGAGGUCUGACAGAGGCGAGGCUGCCAUUUGGCGCCGUCGGCCCCUCUGACCACCACUAACACAGGCACGUUGGGUGAAGUGUCUUGCCCAAGGACACAACAGCAGGAUACCCCUGGCGGGAGCUACAAUCGAACCCAUGACCCUCCGAUCAUGAGGCAAGUCAACCCGCUCUACCACCUGAGCUACUGCUGCCAUCAGUAUGUGAAGCACACGUCUCCUACUGCACCUUUAAAUGACAGUAACAAAUACCGGAUAACUCGGUAAGCAGCAAACCGAUUCACCUUCAGCUAAAACACCUAACGGAUACAGUGGGAUCCAGACUGUGUACCGCAGCCAAGUGAGGGUUUUCCACUCUGUGUUGCAACAGCCCAGCAUGUAAAACGGAUACCU